AGUUCCAGUAACCAAUGGUUGAUAUGAUACUCAACGAAAGUUGUUUUAUCCAGAACCAAUGGUUCAUAUUCGCCGCUGCUAAUAACCCCAAAAAAAAAAAAGUCCCUAACAUUGAGUCCCAUUUGAUGAAUACUUCAUCUGAAUCAGUAUUAGCUUUACAGAUUUGUUGCUGAAUGGUUAUGUUGUUUCAUAGUGUGGGACUAGCUCAAUGUUCACACCCGCAAAAGUAUAUAGUCUUCCCUAGGGGUUGUUACAGAUGCAUAGUUGUUGGUUCAUCUGAAACAGCGUUGUCAAGAAGAAGACAAGCGUUGGAGCAAGUGGAUUCAGAGUUGUCUAGUGGAAACGAGAGAGCUGCUUUGUCACUUGUCAAAGAUCUCCAAGGAAAAGCUGGUGGGCUUCGUUGUUUUGGAGCAGCAAGGCAGGUGCCUCAGAGACUCUACACAUUGGAUGAGCUGAAACUGAAUGGCAUCAACGCAGCUUCACUACUCUCCCCAACAGAUGCAACACUUGGUUCCAUUGAAAGAAACCUUCAGAUAGCUGGUGUCUCAGGAGGGGUAGUUGCAUGGAGAGCCUUAGACUUGAGCUCUCAACAGCUGUUCUACAUCUCUCUUGGUCUUUUGUUCCUGUGGACUUUGGAUUUGGUCUCGUUUAAUGGUGGAAUUGGGAGUCUGGUUCUUGAUACAAUUGGUCAUACGUUCAGCCAAAGAUACCAUAACAGAGUUGUUCAACAUGAAGCAGGUCAUUUCUUGGUGGCCUACUUAGUCGGUAUCCUCCCACGCGGAUACACGCUCUCAAGUCUUGAAGCAUUACAGAAAGAAGGUUCUCUCAACAUUCAAGCUGGCUCAGCCUUUGUAGACUUUGAGUUCCUUGAAGAAGUUAAUGCUGGCAAAGUCUCAGCCACAGUAUGUUUUUUUUUCUUUUGCUUAGUUAUGCACUUUUCUGAACUCCACAGCGCUCUAACAAAACGAGUUUGUAACCAGAUGCUGAACAGAUUCUCAUGCAUUGCACUUGCCGGUGUAGCAAAUGAGUAUCUCCUCUAUGGUUAUGCUGAAGGUGGUCUUGAUGACAUUAGCAAGCUAGAUGGUUUGGUGAAGAGUUUGGGGUUCACACAGAAGAAAGCAGACUCACAAGUGAGGUGGUCAGUACUCAACACUAUACUGCUUCUACGUCGCCAUGAGGUGGCUCGAUCCAAGCUUGCUGAGGCUAUGUCCAAGGGAGAAUCUGUUGGCUCUUGUGUCCAAGUCAUCGAAGAUUCUAUUGACCCUUCUGAUAUCUAGAAAACAUAAUGUAAAGAAAGAAUUUUUUUGUUUUUUUUAAUACACAUUAAUAAAGGUUCAGACAACAUUUUAUUAAGACAUAAAAAAGUGUUGCAAUAA